AUGGAUAUUGACAACGAUAUCAACCAAGUUUUGCCAGCUGGAAAACUAGCUAGAGAACCAGAUCGUCCAACUCAUAUAUGUACUUCCAUUCUGCAAAACCCUUCUUCCAAUUCAUCCAAAACAGUACCAUUUUUCCCACGUGUAUUGCUUAGCGUUCAGCAACCUCUGUCUAGUCUGAUAAAUCAAACAAUAAUACAACCUACUGCUCUCACCACUGCAUCUGGUGCCAAUACGCCUCUACCACAUGCUUCUAGUUUACAUAUGUCGGCUACAUCAGUUUCAUCUCCCAUUAAUUCUACCAAUCAGUUCUUCCCUUUGAUAUUGGCUGCCGCAUCUACAUUGCCUCCGUCAACAUCAAGUGCACCGACACCACUACAACUUCACUUGGGGAACUAUUCAGGAAGCUCUAGUGUUGCAUCAGCAUCAAGUCAAAGUAUCUUUUUACACCCAAGUGUCACAACUACUGCAUCUUGUUUGUCCGUACCGAAUGUUUUAAACAGUCCAUCACGGCUAGGUACAUCUGGUGUUACGACAGCUUCCACCCCACUAGUUGCUUCGUUAAUCAAUAAAAACUGUUCCACAUCGCCGUCAGUAGCUUCUGUUGUCAUAUCUCCACAGGCUCCAAACCACAUACAACCAACACUUGCUUUAAGAUUCGCAACCCAUACGUCAACCCAAUGUAGCGCUAUGGUUACAACUGCAACAGUGAAUUCAAGUGCCUGCCCACUAGUGUUUGAAACUCCUACAACAAAUGUUACGUUGCCACUCCAGUCUCAAAGAUCACAUUGUGUAACUGCCAUAAAUUUCCCUGCACCGACUUCUGUAUCUGGAAGUUUGCUCAUGAGUUCUACUCUCUGCUCAACUCCACGCGUACUUAUUCACAAACCUCAAAGCCUUUCAAACCCACCAUCUUUGAUAGAGAAUCCAACAACUUCAAUUACUACUGUAUCUCCCAGUAAGAUGAGUACAUCUGAUUCCAGUUUCACCAAUUUAUCGAAUCCCGCUAUCAUUUUCCAUGAUCAAGUAAAUACACAGUCUCCACAAACAUCAAAAACUAAAUUGGUUAAUUUUACCACACCGCUAUCUGCUACUGUUCGUUUGAUUACACCUCCAUCUACGGUUUGCACGACUACUAAAUCCACAUGCACUGUAUCCACUUCUGGAAAUAGUGCUUUAGCUUUCCCGACAUCCUUAUCUCAGACUGUAGCACUUUCAACUCGGCCAUCUAUAGCAAAUACAGGUAGUGUAUGGUCAGGGUUGACAGUGAAUCCUAAUGUUUCGUUCAUGUCUCCUUCCAGUGGUAAUGUUGUUGCCAUUCAGUCUUCACAAUCCUUGAUUGUUCAAGCUCAAUCUGACUUACCUGUUCAGUCAACUAUAGCAACUUCUUCAUCUUUAAAUCCAAGUUUGAUGAUGUCUCUUCGAAGUUUUUCUGGAAGUUCAUCAAAUACAGGUCCAUCUUUACCCUUGAGUGCAGCUAAUCAUACAGUGCUGGCCUUCAACUUGGCAAAUUCAAAUGUUCAUAGUACUCCUACAACAUGUACAAGCGUUACAGGAAUGCUUACAAAUCCUGUCCGGCAAAUAAAUUCUUCCAGUCCUGCUUCUCCACUAAUUGUUCGUGCUAGUGGACCUUCAGCAGUUGGAUAUGUACCAAAUACUAGUACGGUUAUGGGUCCUACAUCGCUUUUAAAACCAUUCAACUUAAGCGGAAACACAGGAUUAUCUGCUACCUCGUCCAGCGCAUCUGUGGUACCGCAUAUUUUACCGGUCAAUAUUGCUCCAGCCAAAUUAACUCCUUUACAACCAUCGAUAUCUGCUUCAACUUCUUCAAUAUCUCAUACCCGUUCAAAUUUUUCUCAGAAUAACUCAGUUUGCAUUAGUUCUCAUCGCCUCCCGACUUCAUCUAUUUUUUCUCAGCCCAGUCGAAAGAGAGCACGUAAGCAGCAACUCGCUUCAUCUUUCUCAUCUGUAAUGAUUACUCCAGUUUCGGUUGUCUCGUCGACUACAUCAACUGCUGUCAGUAUGAGUAGUCUAGUAAAUCCUUCCAGUUUAAAUUCUGUAGUGUCUGGAUGUCGCAGCGUUUUACCAUCAACACCUACCCUGGUUGCCAUGGCUAAACCAACUAUCCAACCACAUCAGUUUGCACAACCUGUGUACAGUUGUCAAGUGACACAUUCACCACAGAUCUCAGGAAGUUCUACUAAAUCAGGUCCUGUAUCAGUAGAUUCUGUUUAUCGGAAUACAUCAGCAACCAUUUCCGUCAGCUGUGCAACUAACGUCAGUCCAUCCAACAGCGGACUUAUGGGUAUACGUUUAGUGUCGGUACGUUCUACUCCAACUACUUCUGUUCCCAAUAACAGUUCUAUUUUACUAAAUACUACCUGUUUUCAGUCAUCUACUGGGAGUCUUGGGACCCGUGGGAGUACAGGUGAUAAUUCAGUGAUUAUGGUCACAUCUCCAUCACAGAUCGUAUCUUCUGGUGGACACCUUCGUAUAACCAAUUCACAUUGCUCACAGUCUUCGGAUAUUCAUCAAACACAGGCCGCUGCGGUGUAUGUUUUAACCACCUCUGUUUAUCCGAUUCUAAGCACUACUACUGUUACUUCGUCGAACUCUAAUUCAGGAAGUGAGUCAGCAUGUUCUGCUUCCAGUAUCAUCAGUCCAGUUGUAGUUUCUGGAUCAACAAACGGUGUUCUUCAGGUACGAUUUAGAUCUCCACAACCAAAUAUUAGUCCUACUGUCAUGGCUGAAAACCAAGAAUCUAAAAGUUUGCAAGUUGUUAAUCAUAAUAUUCUUUCAACUAGCCUACAUUCAAUAUCCGAUGUUUCUAAGUCAGUUUCCGAAGAUUCAAAGUUUAUUAAUCCGACUAGUAAACCACUCCGAUGUGCUUCUGAAUCGAAUCCUCUUUUACAUCACCUAGUUUCAUCCUUGAAACAAUCUCAAAAUGAAUCAACGGCUGAUGUUAGCCAUAUGAAUAAUACAGAUCUGAAGAAGUCUGAUUCAAGUUCAACCCAUUCUGAGUUAUCUCUUUCAAAUUCAUGGUCACAUAAUAACAUAGAUGAUUCAAAACAAAUUAAUGUUGGGAGCUACUUGAAUUCAAAUGAAAAACACACUUGCUUUUAUCCUACUACCAGCAGAGAUAAUUCUGACCUUAACAAUGACUUCACUGAUUGUGAUAGUAAAAUUUUAAACGAAAAACAGUUGACCGUACCUAUUCACAAUAUACCACGUAAGAAAAUUAAAGGUGAACAGGAACCAAAUGAAUGUCAAAAGGCUGAUGAGAUUACCAUUAAAAGUGAUCUUCACAAUAGCAAUAAACUAUCAAAAGCUGGUAUAUUAUGGACUGUAGACCCUGUUGAUGGUCGUGAAUGGAUACUUAAUGGAAGACCUCCAAGGCCUUUAAUCAAUCCAAAGUGCGGAUUGUCAAAUAGUAGGUUGAGUGUUCCUUGUCGUUCUAAGAGCUCUCACUUUCUCAGUCUUUCUGAAAUAUGCACAAGACCACAACACAAGUCUGCCAAUCCUGAUGAUUCUUCACGACGUGGUGUGCAGAAUACUCGCCGCAGACGUCGUUCUUUGGUUACUGGCACGAAUAUGUCACACUCCGAAUCUGACAUUCAGAGUAAAGGAGAGAGAGAUAUGAAUAGUUUGAAUUCUAAUUCUGAGUCAAAUGAAGCGAAACGUUUAGUGCAAGAUAUUUUAGCGGUACGCGCUGAGCAAGAAGAUUCUGGUUUUGUUAGAUUUCCUUUGACCACUACAUCAGUGCUGGAUAUUACAGGUUGGCGUGUUCUUCGUUGUGCUGACAAUUUGGAUUUAUUAGCAUACACAGAGUUGCAAACACUAGAAACCAUAAAGAAUAUGGAGACCGAUUUAACUGACCAGCUACAUUGCAUUUCUACUCAGAGUGUUACAUCAUCACUUCUUAGUGUAUCUCAAGGUGUUAGUGAAACAGCAAAAUCUAUAGAGUCUGGAUUAAAAUCAGAUGAAUCCGAGAUGGCUAGUCAGUUUAAUGUAGCUAUUGAAUUGAUCAAAGGGAUUUCUCAACGUAAAAAAUACCUAUUGGACUCUAUUCAGAGGAUAAGUUCGGUCACCAAAAAUUUAGUACAUCAUUUCAGUCCUGGAAUUCAUAAUCUAAUUGAAGAGCUAGAAGAUAGUCCCAACAGCUCUAGUAAAUCAUUGUCUCCAUCAUCAUCGAAAACCAAUUUGGAUUCCAACACCUUAUCUACUCCAAUUACCUUACGAAGAUCCUCACGAAGUUAUGAAUUUCCAGAUAUAUAUUUCAAACACCAAUAUCCAAUGAUAAAUAAAGUUGUACAGUGUUGUUCAGUCACUGGAAUAUCACAAGAGAUUGAAAAUCUGAAGCUAACACUUAAUCAGAUAAAUACCUGCCUUGUAGAAGAAAAUGAUCAAUUAAAGUGUUCUGAUUUAUUAAAUCUAAAAAAAGACUUGGAAGAGUUGAUUGAAUUGAAAGAAAAUGAGCUUUUGAAUAGUAGAAAAGCACAACUUUUAGCUGAAAUUGGAUCUAUACUUACUGAUAAUCAAGAGAAAGAUGAUGAAUUACAAGGAACGUCACUUCAGACAGAUUCAUCAACAAUUAAUGAAGAGUCUUUAGUCGGACAACGUUGCAGUGUUCCUGGAUGGACUUCAUCUGGGAAAUUUAUUCGACAAAAUGCGCUAAUCCUUUCAGUUGUGGGUCAUGAUGGAGACAGCCCAGAUCGAGUACGAGUACUAUUGGCUCAUCCAACACGUCUUAAUGAAAUACCUUGUGAAAGAUUUUUUGAGACUGGAACCUGUCAUCGGGGUAUACGUUGUACUCGCUCUCAUGGAAAGAUUUUCAACAUUGAAGAUAUUGGAGAAUGGUAUGAACCAGACACAGAAAAAUAUCUACAUGAAGGGCAACCAUGUCUAGCUAAUGACCGUAAAAGUGAUCACAAUUCUUUAUGGCAUUAUGCAAGGCUUCUUCAAACGGAUUUUGAAUCAGGCACUUGUGUUGUUGAGUGGGGUCAUGGUAAAAGCCAACCUGAUAAGAAUUCAGUGAAGCGUCAAUCGUACGGAAACUUGGAGGAUAAAGUAACUAGUUUGCCACUAGAAUGUAUCCAUAUAUUAGAAAAUGAUGACGAUAUUGACUCUGAUGUUUCUGUAGUUAGUGAUAUUUCAUCAUCAACUACUAAUUCGGGAGAUUCCAGGGAUUAUUUGGAUCUUACUACUUCGUAUACUCGGCCUUCCAUCGAACUGAUCAAUAGUGGACAGACGACUGAAUCGCAAUCAUGUUCGCAGUAUGAUAAACGUCGUUUUCGGGUUCAAUUUGUCUUCGGUAAUACGCUUUUACCGGACCAGCGACCAAAUUUAGACACCGGUAAGGAAUAUCCGAAUGUUAAUAAAGAAGACAAACAGAGUUCCAUUGGUGACUGGGAAGCACAUACUCGAGGAAUAGGCUCUCGUUUAUUAGCAAGUAUGGGUUAUCCAGGUUACGGUGGACUUGGUCGCUGUCACCAAGGUCGUCAAUCUCCUGUAUGCACUAACCUUGAAAAGUAUCAAGUGCAUAAUGUCAAGUGGAAUCAUCGACCUUCACUAGACAAUGUUGUGUUAUCUCGAAAACGUGUGAAAAAUAUUAAAUGCCGUGAUAAAACAAUAGAAAUGUCAAGUAAAACAUCAAAAAACCAUGUUUCUCAUAGUGGAAGCGUUUUUAAACUAAUUAAUAUGGCAUUAUCUUCGACAUCCAGUAACAAUGACCAAAAUCCAAAACACCCUAAUAGUAAUAACAAUUAUAAUACAAAGAGUACCGUAACAUCUCAGAAUUCUCUUACAAAUUGUAAUGAAAGUAUUCUGAAACGUAAACUAUUUCAUACAUAUGAACAAAUCAAUCGAUUACAUAAUCAAAUUUCUAAAGCUCAAGAUUCAAUGAGAAGAAAUGAAGGACGAGAUCGUUUAGCAGUUAAACAAGCACAACAACUAGUUAAUGAUUUACAAUCACAAUUGAUACAAUUAAAAGAGAAUGAACGAACUAUUGUAAAUAUGCAAAAUAAACAAAUGAAAGAGAAAAAACUACGUAUUUUCUAA